AUGAAAAAUCAUUUCGAAGGAUUAGUCUUAUCUGAUCGUAUGGGCGUGGUUAGAAGAACGAUGUUUCCCGGAAAACGAAUCGCCUUUUCGGAUGAUCACAUGUUUUCAAGGAAGAUCGAUGGAGCAGACAUACGAAGACAUCAGCAAAGGAAGCUCAAGCAAGUGACACUCGGUGCUCCAACUCCAACUCCAACAGCACCAUCAUAUGUUAAUAAGGCUCGAAAUUUCCUGGAAAUGGUGAACGUCAAAGAGAGCAGCUCUGACGCUGUGAAAAACAGUGUGAUGGAAUCACAAAUGGACAGUUCAGCUAUGGUGACCAAUGGAGGUUUUCUUGGUGAGAAGAUUUUCAAAUUUAUUUCUUUCCUUAUUUUCUUUAUUGUUCUGUGA